AUGGCCUACGUUGAAGAAAAUAUAUCACUUUUAGUAUUCAAACAAGAAGAGGAAUGGAAGCAGCUAUUAGCGGAAGAGGUUAAUACUCUACAACGGACUAUAAUUCAAAAGGAGGAGAAAAUCUCCGAGCAAAAAGUUCAGUUAGACGAAUUGAAAAAUUCCUUUAUAUACAACUACGACCUCCUCAAAUCUCGCGAUGCUGAGCUCUCACAUUACGACCAAACUCUCUCCAAACUGCAGACAAUUCUGGCCAAACGUGAGGCAGAAAUCAGUGAGCUGCGAGUUUGCCUGGACCAGACUAAAGAGGACCUAGUCAAGAGUCAGCAUGAUGCGAUUGACUGGCGAAACCGGUUUGAGGAGGAGUCGCGGCAGGCAGUAGCCAAGGAGGCUGAGUUGCGGCGGGCUGCCAACUCGGCGCUCGCUCAGCUGGCAGAGUCGGAGGCGGGAGAACGGAGGCGUCUAACCGCAGAGGUGGCACGGGCACAGGCGGAUCUGGAGGCAGAGCGCGCGCGUUCAGCCACUGAUCUCGAGGCGGCGUUGGCAGAGGCGUCGCGGCGGGCGUCGGAGGCGUCAGCGGAGGCUGGGCGAGCUCGAAUGACGGCGGAGAUGCGAGUUACCACUGCGGAGGAUGCGGCAUCCCGCGCAAGGCAAGAGGCGAGGCGGCUGAAUCAAGAACUUCUCUCUGCUAACGACUCUCUCGCCAGACUCGACUCAGAAAUAGCAGCAAAGAAUCAAGCUGUCCAACAGUCAGAAGAAAAAAUCAACGGGCUGAAGGAGGCACUGGUGGAGGUGGAAAAGUCCAAAGCGGCAUGUGAAUUGAAGCUUUCACGGGUGGAGUCGCGGCGUGAGCUGGAGAAGAAUGCAAUGAUGAAGGAAAUCGAGACACUGAAAGAAUCAGAAAAGUCCUUGAAAAUGCAGGUCUACACACUGAAUCGUGGUCUGUCCUCGCUUCGAGAGGAGGCAGAAUCCGAGAACCGUCGCCUCUUGGAAGCCGCUGCGUCAGCUGAGAAGGUGGCUAACCAAACAGCGGAGGCCCUGGACGCCGUUGAAGUAGAACGGCAGUUGGCCCUCAAAGCUUCCAAGACUCUGGAGAGUGAGAACCGUCGUCUUCGUGCCGAUCUCAACCGCGCGCUUGCCCACGGCAACGCCCUCGAACAGAAGAGGGCUCCUGUGCCUCAAGAAAGCGGAAGUACUCGUGAUCUGGUGGCACAAAUAAUCUCUUUGCAACUCUCAUGUAGCAGACUACAGGAUGAGAACCGAAAACUGCGCCGACAAAGCGUGAAAAUCUCUGAUGCGGUGGAACUGAGACGUCAACUUGAUAGUGCCAAUCAGCAGAUUGAAUGCCUGAGAAACGAAAAUACCAAGCUGCUGCAUUUGAGUAAUAAGACGAGAGCUCGGCAAAUGCGGGAUGGGGAGUAUAUCGCUGUUCCUGCAGCGUUGCCUAAGCGAUGGAUGGAGCCACCAAGGGAGAAAUUGAAGAGAUGCAAUCCUGGGGAAUUGUCACCAGAAGUGAUAGUGCGUGGGAAGAUGAGUCCUCGUGGCGGUGACGAGAUGUCCUCCGGUCUCUCCUCCGGCGACGAGGACGACUUUCGGGCUCAAAAUUUGCUGCAACUGUCGGGAUCUAAUACUGCCAUGUUUGUACGCCAUCUGGGUUUUUGUUUUUGUGAUAUUUUUCGUGUGGAUGUCUACGCUUCCUCAGCGGGGUUCGGGGCUAUGGCUGAUCCGGCCCGUGGGUGCAAGGCACGCUCAACCAGCGUGCUUUGGGGUUUGAACCAUGUCGGCUGGUGGCUGACUGGUGAGGCUGCGGCGCCAGUCUGCAUGAAUAGAAGUGCGAUGAACAUGUACUUUCCACCCACAUCCAGACGGGAAUCGGUGGUAACUACGAGCAGCAUUCAAAAGAUCCUAGAUGACAAUGUGCAUCUUAUUCACAACAUAAUUAACCACCAGAAAGCUGGCGACAACAAUCACGAGAUGCAAGAGUUGCAAGUGCUGCAUAAAAAUCUUAUAUACUUGGCUACAAUUGCCGACCAGGCGACGAACAACGGUGCGGCUCUACAGCGUGGGCCCCCACCUUCGGGCUUCUCGUCGGGUCCAGGGGGACCGCCGGAACACCCCAUGCCUCUCCAACCACCCCCUAAUGCCUCUUACCCCUCUGGCCCUCCCCAAUCACGUGGGCAGCCCAUGCCUCCCAAUUACAUGUCACCCGUUGGUGCGCCUAUGAUGCCUCAGCACCAGCAUGGGCUGCCUCCUCAGCAGCAGCAGCCACCUACGCCACAAGCCAGCGUAGAUGACCGCGACUUUAUGCAGCAGCGAGCAGGACCGCUUCCACCCUAUGGAUAUCCGCCCGGCCCACCACCACCCCCGCCACAACAUCAACCGUUCCCAGUUGCUCCUGGUAGUGAUUUUGGUGCGCCGCGAUAUGAGAACGCUGGCCAGCCAGUCAGUGCGAUGUCGGGAGAGGCUGGUGCCAUGUUGGAGACUUCCCCUGUUACCGCUCCUCCGCCUAUUCCGUCUUCCUCUUCUGGCAUUGGUGGCGGCGCUCCGCCUCCACCGAAAAGCUCUGCCACACCGUCACCUAAGUUAUCGUCGGUGACUGAUCAACAAGGAGUUGGAGAACAGCAGCCGACACGAAGCCAAACGCCAAAUACUCCUGCUGGUUGA